AUGUCUGCGGAUUUCGACGAUGAUGCGUUCAUGGUUGAAGACGGUGACGAAGAGUACGAUUUCAACUAUGAAGAUGAGGACAAUGAAGAACCUGAUGUCGAUUUGGAAAACAAAUAUUACAAUGCAAAAGGCAGCAAGGAGGAUGAUCCUGACAAGGCAUUACGAGACUUUCAACAUGUUGUUGAUACAGAGAAUCCUAUUGGUGACUGGGGAUUCAAGUCUCUCAAGCAAAUGACCAAGCUUUCCUUCAAACUCAAUCGCUUUGAAAAUACCUUGACAUACUAUAAAUCAUUACUUGGAUACACCAAAGGAAACACAAUCACAAGGAAUUACGCUGAAAAGAGUAUCAACAACAUCCUGGACUUUGUUUCAGCUAGUGUUGAUAUGGUCUUUUUGGAACAGUUCUAUGAAACUACUUUGGAGACUUUGGCUGAGACCAAGAAUGAUCGUUUAUGGACAAAGACGAAUCUCAAGCUUGCCAAGUUAUGGCUUGAUCGUGGUGAAUACACCCGUCUCAACAAGAUCCUGAAACAAUUAUACGCAUCUUGCCAAAAUGAUGAUGGAAGUGAAGACCAAAAGAAGGGUACACUGCUUUUGGAAAUAUAUGCCUUGGAGAUUCAAAUGUUGACUGAGCAGAAGAAUAACAAGAAGCUCAAGGCCUUGUACAAUCGUACUCUCCAUGUCAAAUCAGCCAUUCCACAUCCACGUAUUAUGGGUGUCAUUCGGGAAUGUGGUGGAAAGAUGCACAUGAGUGAAAAGGAAUGGGAGAAGGCUCAAAUCGACUUUUUCGAAGCUUUCAAGAAUUAUGAUGAAGCUGGCAGUCCACAGCGUAUUCAGUGUCUCAAGUAUCUCGUGCUGGCCAACAUGCUGAUGAAUUCCCUCAUCAAUCCCUUUGACUCGCAAGAAACGAAACCGUACAAGAACGAUGCUCAAAUCCUACCAAUGACGAAUCUGGUGAAUGCCUAUCAAAGAAGCGAUAUUCGAGAGUUUGAAAAGAUUCUGCGAGACAAUCAAAGGCACAUCAUGGACGAUCCAUUCAUUCGAACGUACAUUGAUGACGUAUUGCGAAAUAUUCGAACAAAGGAAUUGGAACGACUCAUCAAACCAUACACUCGUAUUGAGAUUCCCUUUGUCUCCAAGCAACUAAAUGUGGCUCCAGAUGUUGUGGAAGAGUUAUUGGUAUCUUUGAUAUUGGACAACAAGAUAUCUGGUCGUAUUGAUCAAGUUGAAGGACGUCUGGAAUUGCAACAGCAAUCAAAUGAUUCAUUGCAAUACUCUGCAAUUGAUAAAUGGGCCAACAAUGUUUCUACUCUGUACAAAACGGCCAUCAAGUCCUCAUCGUCAUUGAGUGCAGCUGCGACGCAUGCAAUACGUCAAUUUGCUUUAACCUUUACUAGGUCUUCGAUUCCAAGAGUCAACACCAAGGUCGAGACAAGGUUUAAACUACGUGACGCUACAUGGCUGCCUGAUCCGAUCAAAGACAAGAUCUCGUUGCUUAACUCAUCACGAAUCAACAAACAGGGUGAAUUCGUGAUAACUUCAGAUCGGUAUCGAACGCAGCACAAGAACUUGGAGGAUUGUAUCGACAAGCUGUAUGGUACGAUCGUGGAAGCUAGUGUGCUGCCUGCUGAGACGUCGCCAGAGACGAGGCAGCGUGUUCGGUUGCUGUAA